GAUUCUCAGGUUUCCCUUGGAAAAUUCAAAUUGCCGCUUAGAAACGAAAUAAGCUCUCUGUACGGGGUCGUUUUGGAGUGAGCAGUGACGACGGACGAGUGACGAUGGACGACGUCGAUCGGUUGUUCGAGUGCUUCAAGUGCGGCAUCUCUCCUCCGCAAUCCGCAUUGAGGGAAAGGAAGAGAAGCAAAAGCGAUUUGAAGCGGAGGAGUAAAACUCCGGAAGUCUCCUCUCCAGGCUCAGCAGAGAACACAAAGAAAAAUGCAUCAGAAUUACAACUUUCCGCCGACAAGUCUGGUCCUACAAGUGUUAAACCAAACAAGUUUAAUCGUCAAAAGGAGUUUUCCCCAGUUGUAUUCUAUGGAUCUCCACACGGUGUGCCCCCCAAAAAACCAUCAAGGUCGUUUCUGCGACUGCUACGUGAAAUACGUAUUGAUCUCGCUGCACAAAAAAGGUUGACUUCAAGGAAGGAAGUAUGGACUACGUUUCCAAGGCAGGAUGAAGCAAUGCAGUUUGCCAAAGGGCAUGAGAAUGUUCAUGUAUUUAGUUAUCAAGAUCAUUAUAGUGGACAGAGAAGGUUCCUCGUUUCAACCUAUAACGAUUUUUGGAGAAGGUAUAAAAAUAUGAAUCCCAAGUUCCGUCACCACUACGAAGUGAUCCAGGAGGGUUUGCCGUGUCACCUUUAUUUUGACUUGGAAUUCAGUAGAAGGGACAAUGCAGACAGAAAUGGAGAUGAAAUGGUUGACCUCUUGAUAGCAGCCAUUUAUGAAGCCCUGCUUGAAAAGUAUUCUAUUAUUGGAAACAAGGAAUGGAUAUUGGAGCUUGAUUCCUCUAAUGAAGCAAAGUUCUCUCGUCACCUAAUCAUUCGCAUAGAAAAGGCUGCUUUUAAGGACAACUCACAUGCAGGUGCAUUUGUAACUGAGAUAUGCUCACGGAUUUCAAGUGCAAAGGAGAGAGAUGGAAGAUUUGGAAACUUAUUUAUCAGAAAAGAUUCAAGCUCAUCCGACUCCCCUAGUAAACUAUUUGUGGACACUGCUGUAUAUACCCGAAAUCGUUGCUUUCGUUUAGCUCUGUCAUCAAAGGCAGGGAAGAAUUCAGUGCUUCUGCCUACUGGGCGUUUCAAAGCCAACAAGAUGCAGUGUGAGGGGGAGAUGUUCAUGGCAUCCUUGAUCUGCAAUUUGGAUGUUGAUUGUGAAAAGCUUCUAGUAUGCAAACCAGAUCUUGAUUGUAUAAAGACUCUGCAUUUUGACACUGAGGUAAACUGUGGUCUUGGAAAAUGUUACAGUUGGCCCCAAGAAUAUGCACUGAAUGGUUGCACAAGUGGUGCUUCAGCAACAUACUUCCUGGGCAAAUCUCCAUUUCCAGCUUUGGAUGCAUUUGUAGAAUCUGUUGCGACCAUUGGAAAUGUAUCAGGUAAAAUUCGGAGCUGGUAUUGGCUCUCAGAGUUUGCACUCAUGGUCUACAGCAUGUCAAGAAAUAGAUACUGUGAGCGAAUUGGCAGACAGCAUAAAAGCAAUCACGUGAUAUACGUUGCUGACCUCAGAAGGGCUUCUUAUUAUCAGAAAUGUCAUGAUCCUGACUGCAGAGGUUAUCGUUCUGCCUCGCGACCAAUUCCAUGGGAAAUCAUCCCUGACAUGGUGUAUGAAAAUAAAAAUGAUCCUGAAUCUGUUCUCUAUGGUGAUGAGAAAAUGAGAGGCAGCUGCGUUACAGAUUCAUGGUGGCGUGAAGCCAUUAGAGUUGCAGAUGAUGUCGAGAAUAAGCAAAAUUCUUUAGGGAUCAGUAAUAUGGAAAACAUCAAUUCCGAUGAUGAAGACUGGUGGAUGGCUGUGGAAAGGACUGCAUCCCAAGCUGAAUUAGCGCAUGUCAACUGAUUCGAGGUCUAGUACAUUGCCUGGCGAUCCUUCCGGAUAUUUGGUUCUGCAGCAUUUCGUCGUGGAAGACGGAAUUACCGACCAUUCCUACAUGUGGUCCUUAUGGGUUAUGGCCCCGUUUGUUACACGGUACUAGAAAAGCUAGGAAAUCACCACGGUUGAUUUCGAAGAGAAUUAAUUUCAUUACACAAUUUUGAGAGAGACAUUACCCAAACCCAUAAUUUCAAGAAUGAAAAUUGUUGCCCUUC